GCGCUAGUGUCGCCGGGCAGUCGCUGUCGCGCCAGGCACUAGUCUCCAGCCCGAGCAGUCGCAAUUCCGUCGCCUAACAAACGCAUCGCUCGCCUCUUUUACCUUUUCAACCCUUUGUCGUAUUUAAAAAAGAUAAAAAGUACCGCAUACGAGGCUUAAUACCCGCUAAGCUGCAUCCAAUACGCCUGUGUGUCCCCCUCGCUCCCCACAAUAGUCCAAAGUCAUUGGAGUUCAAGCGAAGCCUAUUCACUCUCCCCCACCUUCAAUUUUUUUUUUUUUAUCUAAAUACGCGGAAAGACUGGCUUCGCGCUCGGAGGUGCUGCUUACCGCUGAAUAUCAGAGUGUAGACGCGCGGGGUUUUUUUUUGUUCAGAAAAUACACGGGAGUUGUUUUUUUUGUUUUAUUUUGUUGUUGGUGUGAAAUUGAGAACAGUGGCGUGAUUGUUCUGUCUAUUGAACGACAGUUUCGACAAAUGAAUUGAGAGAAAUCGUCUGACUAUUUGUGUAACGACAUUUUAUAUUAUUUGUGUGACUGUUUCUUUAUGGUGAGAGGAUAUUUGUUGACAUCCUGGGCUGAUAUGAGUCGGAGAGGCAACGGUGAACGCGUGUAUUCGGACCGGCGUUAUCAGUGAAUAUAUAUUUUGUUUAAAGGAAGUGCCUCGAAGGGUCGUUGCGACUGUACAACGCAGGAUAAUAACGCAAUAAGAAACACCCAAGUAAGCCUCGCGGGGCACGUGCCAGGAGUGGAACCGAAUAAAUGACGUAAAUCCGAGGAACAAAAAGGGACGUAACGCUACCUUGCUGGUCCCCCCAACCCUUUCCCCUCUCCCCCUGUCUUUAUCUUUUUCCUUAUAUCCUCACCCCUUAACCAUUUUUCGUCCUCAGCCUUUAAAUUCCAACCCCCGUGAUCUUCGGCGACCCGUCAACACAAUCGACGUGUCCUCACUGUCACCUUUUUUUUUCACUCUUCCCCCUUUACGAUUCCAUUGCCUCUCCCCGUCUCCAUGGUGAAAAAAAUUGACUAGCCUGCACGCCCUUUUGUCGUCACGACUCAUCAGCGGGACAUAAAAGCAAUCAAGAGGGAGAGACGCAAGGGGAACGUAUCCUGUGACAAUUUCAAAAAUUUGACGGAUCAUCAGUUUGAUUGUUGAUUCAACUUUCACCACUGGAAGAGUCUUACCGGCCUUCAUUGAACAACUAGCAACAAGCUUCCGUAGAUGAAGCGCUUGAUCAUCGUCAUAAUCACAAACAAAGAUUAAUCGAUAAUAUAGUACACGUGGUUAUUGUGAGCCACUUGUAUGAGAAUUGAACAUUGGAAUCGAUAAUACCGAAAUCUAAGUUGAAAUAAUCAUCGAGUUGAGUCGGUGCGUGUUAAAGGGAAAAAAAUAAGAUCGAAGAGUGUGAUCAGCUGAACACGAAGAUGGCUAUGGUCAACAUGAACAACCUACUCAAUGGAAAGGACUCGCGCUGGCUACAGUUGGAGGUAUGCAGAGAGUUUCAACGCAACAAGUGCACCAGACCCGACACGGAGUGUAAAUUCGCACAUCCACCUGCCAAUGUUGAAGUGCAGAAUGGACGAGUUACUGCCUGCUACGACAGUAUCAAGGUAAGUUCUGGAAUUCCAUAACAAUAAAGUCAGCAUGACCCCAGCGUAACGUAAGUCAAAUUCUAUUUUAACGAAAUAUUACUCUGAAGGAGGUAAUAAAUCUCCAUGUAAACUGAUAAAAAGAACAAUGGGUUCAGGUAUUGAUCUCGCUUGAGAAUGGGAAAAUACACAUUAACUGGCUGGUGCAGUAACGUUAAUAUCUUAUAAAGGGGAUUUUAUCGUGGGUAAUAUAAUUUUGACGUCAGAUACUCGUUAAACCAUCAGCAAUCCCUCGUUAUCGGGAAUUUCCGACUCUUCGACAAUUAUAUUUACCGUUUGCGACUGCAUAUUUUCACCAGAAUCCUCCAUGGAAAAAUCAUAAUAAUUAAUAUGAUGUAUGAACGAAGGAUAUUCAUUAUCCAUUCAAUUUGCCAUCUAUGGGAAGUAUAGAAAUGUAUAUACAAUUGGUAUAUUUUGCCUACACAAAUAGGGGUAAUUUUUACGCGUGGCUAUGUCGUACCCCUUUGAAUUUGACAUUGUUUCUUCGGCAAAUAGAAGGCCAGAGAAUAGGGUAUAAUCCACGCCUUGAGCAAGCAAAGGGCCUGGCCUUCUAGAUAUGUAUGAGCAAAUGGCUGUGGCUCGGUCUUGUUUCUACCCCUCUGUCAUCUCAUCGGUGCAUUACUGUUUAAUUAUGGGCAUACAAGGGUGUGCCAAGCCACCCUAACUGGCCUGUGACUGUGACGCAACUGGAAAUAAUUGUGGAUUAUGGAGUGAUGAGGGGGAGGGAAGGGAGGGAGUGACUGCUAUGUGACUGCUGGCUCAACAACCCCUCGUGGUUCAGCCUUACGUGUCCAAAUUUUCAGUGGAGAGAUUUGGACGUUGUGUUCAUUAAAAAGUGGUGGAAACCACUUCAAUGUCGAUUACAUUAUUGAUAAAAAUAUAAUUUAAAAUACUGUUAAAAAAUAGCACACGUCCAAUGAUUAUUAUUCACUGAUUCAAUGAUUCAACAAUUUUCACCGUAAUUUUUCUCCUCGAUUCUUGUCCCCUUGAAAAGCCAUCAUCAUAAAAAAUUCAUUGCAAAGUAAAUUGGUAAUUCGUUCCCCAAAAUGAUUGUCCAAUCUCAUCAAUAUUACCAAAAUCGAUUAAAUCCUCAAAUCGUUCAUCCCCCUUAUACACAAAAACGUCGUAACGUCACGGCGCGAUGACUUGAUGAUUUUUCGUCGCGUCAAUCUCCACCCCUCCCCCCUCCUGGCCACCGAAAAGCCAUUACCUCUCCUCACUCCAUUGUCGUCUUUUUUAUUCACAAAAUGAUUCUGCAAAGAGGGGAAUGCACCCUCGAAGGGUCUAGUCGCUUCAAGGAAUUGGUAAAAUACCAGAGGAAAAACCAUUGGGUUUCAGCUUCGAUACGAAAAGAGGAUGAGAAGAACCAACGAAACGUCACAAGCGCAGGGGGAGGGAGGAAAAAAGGGUAGACUGGAUUCAAUUACUCGGAGAACAAUACCGCUUCACCGUCAUUGUUUGUUCGACCGGUUGGUUUGAGUUCUCGUUUCGGGACGUAUACCUACCUCGAUCCCUCCGCUGGAUGCCAAAAUAACCAACUCCUCGUGUCUUGUUACACCGCGAUAUUUUGUUUGCCAUCAUUACGGGAGGAUGACACUGAUGCCACUGCACUAGUCGGCUCUUUUUUCCUUUCAUGUUUUUUUUUAUUCUCCGGAGCCAUUUCGAUUCAAUUGCCAGCAUCCCUCUCUCAUUCCGUCUCCAUCAGAAUUCUCUUUAUAAUCGAAAUACCGCUAAAACCAAUGUUAACGAAAUCCUAUACCCCCUGGUGAUAUCACCCUCCUCCAUCCUCCCCCAUCGCUUCCCCUCUGCCGAUUGACAAUGCUGAAUGCUGUGGUUUCAGACAAAUGGACCAUGAAGAACACGAUCGUCACCAAAAUUGAUAAAAAAGAGUUGAAAAACAUAAAGUUGAAAGAAAAAAAAAAUGAUUCAAAUUGUAGAUCUUUUUUGUUCGUCACUGAUUGUCGAAAAAAAAACACUUUCCGGCUCGUAACAAUGCAGACCUGUGGCACUGUGCAACUUGUCAGUGGAGUGGAUGAUAAAAAAUAGGGUGAUGCACGUAUAGAGGGAGAUAAUACAAACGCGCCACACACGGGCAUUGCCAUAUUUGUGAAAAAAAAAAAAAAAAGAAAAAAAAACACAUCACUCUCGAUUGGCAUUGUGCCUCCAGAGUGAUUCCUGGGGAAAAUUCCCCUGCACCUCCACUAUCCACUGGUUUCGCUUGUGUUUGAUUUCUGGGGAAAAUUCCCACUGCAUCCCCACUAUCCACUGGUUUUGCUUGUGUUUGCUGGAAAAAUGUGUUGGACUGCUCCCCGUUGUAUCGUUAUAUGACGGCAGCUUUACAUAAACAAAACAAGCAUUGGGAAACGGGGGCUCUAGUUUUAACGCUUGAACCCGACUUUUUAUCUCUCUUUCGCGAAUAUUCUGCGAUGUGAUGGAUAAAAAAUAGGCAGUUGGGGGGGAGGGAAUGUCUGAAUUUCGAGAAAAAUUGGGGGAUGGGGAAGGGUAGUCCGACGGAGUUUAGGGGCUAUUCACUGUUCACUGUUCAGAGGCCUAUUUGUCCCAAGUCUUUGGAAUUACCGCUGCAGGCUCCAUUUCGCCACAUCAAAUAUUUUUCUACGAAAACACACUUUCAGUAGACCCUCGUAUAACGCAAGUUAGUGGGUAUUUCUAUGGUCCUUCCAUGAAUAUUUAAUAAUUCAACUUUAGCAAUGUAGGCGUACACUUCACGUAUAACUUCCGCUCUCGGUCUCGGGGUUUCGCAGUUCUAGAUAUGAUAAAACUAAGAGAAGAAGAGAGGGGGAAUAAGAAAGGAGAAGAGCAUUGAAAUUUAAAGGGCGAGAUGACUCGGUGGGGAUAGGAGGUGAGAAAAACAGUGCGGCUGAGAGCUGGUGGAUGAAAAUAAACCAGGGGAAUACGGCAGGAGCGGAGUGAGCACUAUAUCUGCGGAGGAAAAUGGCAUGAAAUGGCGGGGAAAAUGGGUUGAGUUGCGGGCAAGGAUGAUAAUGAAUAAUUCCGGGGUAAUACGAAAGAGAGAUGGAGGCCAGGUUGAAAUGCCCUACCUUCGUGCAAUGAUAUCUGGGUAAAAUCUUCCUUACUUAACGGGCUAACCAUGAGUGGUAAAUAAAAGCUAGGGAACAGCAGGAGUUUUAACAUAAAAUGAAAUAAGAGCCCAACCCUUUCUGAAUUCUUGUCUCGUGCUCAACAACACUGGGCCCUCCAAUGAUUUUUUAUUCGCCGACGGGCGCCCACCCUUGGUUAUCCCAUCCUUUUUUUUCCAUUCGAUCUUGAAAUCCCCGAAUACCUGCCACAUCAGGUAGUCAAACACGAGGUACAUACCCUCACGGACGCGGAAAGCUGAAAAGUCCGCUGCAAACAAGACUUUUUUACCGUCAUCGGAGGGGUUGCUUUUAUUGAAGGGAUGUCGGACAAAAAACAAAAAGGAUGAUGUGAUACUUUGGGUUGACGAGGGGACGAUUGAGGCUCGAGUGAAUGUAUGAUUGUAUUGGCACGUGCCGGCUGCUAUUGAGAAUAAAGUUUUUUUUCAUUCUUUUCAAUGAUGCGGUAAAUCUGAUCAUCUUGCGGAGGGAUUUUAUACCUGCACCACCCUGGCAUGGCAUGUUUUGACUGGUGAUUAUGAGCAUUCUUUAAAAGGGGUGAUUGUCUGGAAAACAUACAGUAAUAAUUGAAAAGGAAGGUAGAGGUUGUCUCGUGCCAAAUUCUCAGGGAACAAUUGUCAGUUUUGAGCUGACAUUCAAUGAUGAUGAAGAGUAAGUUGUGGUUACAGUUUCAAGAUGAAGGAUCUAGACAAAGAGUGAAGUAGAAUAGUUCAAUUGGGAGAUGAUAUCCUCAAUCACAAUCAAUGAGGCCGAAGUCAACUAAAUUAAUCUUCACUCGAGGAAAAGUCAUCAACGUGCAACUGAAGGGGAUGAGAGUUAAUUAAAAGAUUAAGCAGAAUCAUCUAGACAAUGAGUCAAAUAAUACAUGUACCAGGGGUGGAAUUAUUCCCCCGUCAUUUCCAGAACAAUGAUGAUGAACUCAAAAUACGGCUGAAGCCAACUAAAUUAAACUUCUCUUCAGGAAAGCCAUCAAGUUCGAACAUCGGGAUUUCCUUUGUCACCCUGAGUCUUUUUGCACGAUUCGCGAUCACAUUCUCAGCAAUCCUCCACCAUACUUUCUAUCAUUAUUGUCUUUUUUUUGUUCGGUCUGCCUUGGCCGAGAAGGCGAUAGAAUCCAAUGGCAAAGAAAUUCCAUGAUCAAUGUGUGCGUGUUGGUAGAAAACUCGGGAAUCCUUGGUCGUAACUUCGGACUUAGGUUGGCGGGCUCCACAAGAGUAUAUGGGAUACUCUCCCUCCUCUUUUAUUCUCCGGACAAACUGCAGUAUGAAGGGGUGGAAGGCUUUUCUUCUCGCGGUCCCGUGCACAUAAAAAGGUAACACCCGAUCAUUCGCACAGGGUUAACAAGCACAGCUUUAUAGACGCUUUAAUUGGAUGUUUAAGGUAUCGUAAAUUUUAGUGAAUUAUCCACCUGGUGCUGGAGUAUAAAAAAGUGAAAUAACAGAACACGUGCGAGAGUUAUCAAGGUAGAGACUAGAAAGUUGCUAAUUACAUCGAGUGCUUGAGGUUUAAUUCAAGCUAACAGCAAUAUUUUCAUGAAUCAAUGAUUCCUAACGAUUUUUUUUUAUGAGAACAAUGAAGAAUGGCUCAAGUAUUCCCUUACCUCCGAUAAACUUGAAAAGUUUUACCCCCAAGCAGUCCAUCACAGCUGAUUACCCUGACUCCAUACCAGGAGAAUGUAAAUUUUCCUGAAUUUAUGAAAGUUUCAUCAUCUGUUGUUCAUAACUGAUGAUCCAGUGUUCAUAAGACAAGACAUGAUUUUCCAUAUUCUUGAGAAUUUCGCUCAGAUUACUUAAUAUGUAUGAGGUGACUGCCAACUUCACUUAUUUACCCCAUUCUGGGUCAGAACAUGUGAUAGUGGGUGGCUUUAUAGGACAUACUCGGAGGCAGUUUAGGGUGGUCUGGGCCGAAGGUAAGAGUCGGACGGACUUGGGUAAACGACGCUGGAUGAGGGAAAGGAGGAAAUAGUAGGUAGAUGUACAGAGCAGAGAAACGACUCACGCCCGUAUAAUUUUGAGCUUGCAUUCUGCGGUAUCUCACAAGGGGUUGUAAUUCAGCGUUGCCUCAUCCUCAUCCCUUCUCCCACUGGUUUGUGCCAGCAUAAAGGAUGAAAUGAAGCCGGAAUACCACGCCCUUGCUCGUAUACCACAACGCCGCACUUCCAUCAACCACCACCAACGCCACCACACUUUCAGCCUCUGUUACCAGUAUUUUCUCCAAGGCUUUUUCGUUUUUUUUUCACUCUGAUGCUUUCUCUUUCGUUUUCGAAUACCAAUACAAACUUCCGUCUUCCUAGCUUUCUCGGUCACAUGCUACUCGGAACUCAGUGUGUGUAGAACUCCUUCCAUCGAGUGCUAUUGCUCGUUUUUUUCUGUUGAAGGGAGAAUGUAGUUGGAAUUCAAGGGUUAUUGAAUCAAUAUUGGCAAAUGCCAGUGGUUUACCUAUUCGUCGGGGUUACUCCAGGCGAUAUCCAGGUAAUUAAUGGGCUAUGAAUGAAUCCCCAUCCAUCGAUGACUGUUGGAUGGUAACAUCCAACAAAAUAUGAAGGAAAUCAUGUCGGGAAUUUUUCAAUUGUUGGAAUUCUUCAUGCAAGGAUUUCCAAACAAAUAAUCUAUCACCUUAAAUGGUUGCCAGUGCGGUAGAACCGAUGGGAAAGGAUCGUACCUCGUCUGAAUCAAUAUUGGAAAAUGCCUGUGGUUUAUCCAUCCAUUGGCAAUACUCGAUAUGAUAUUCAGGCAAUUAAUGGACUAUGAAUGAAGAUCAAUUGAGGAUUGUUGGACGAGAAUGAAGGAAAAAAUAAAAUGGAUAAUAUCCAGAAGUUUGCAUUUACUCGGAGGUCGCAGCUAACCGUUAUACUCUCAGCAAUGGUACAUCGAUUUUGUUUAUCUUAGUUCUCACAAAGAGAUUCUCUUGGCAGUCAACGGUGAAGCACAAAAGAGAAAAAGUCACCAACGAUAAAUAUAUCGUUGUAUUUUUUCACUCCUCCUCUUUUAUUUCUCCACUUUCCCCCACCCCCCGACAAGCAAACCCAUGGCAUUUCUCCAUCUUCCAGCCAUUCGGGUCGUGCAUUUCUCACGUUUCUUUUGCAUCACUGUACACUAUUCCCGCUUGAAUUUCCACCCUUUUUCACACUGUGGCACGUCACUCUCGAUUGAAUUCAACAUAUGUGUGACGCUCAACGUGUCGUCCCGAUAACUGGCCGUAUUACCUUAUGUAUUCACCAAGACUCUCAAUGUUCAUGUAUAUCCACGUAGAAAAAUUUCACAUGUUUCUCCCAUAAGUGCGUGGGUAAAAACUUUUUUUUCAUCCCCCCACCCCCCUCUCCUCGAGCAAAGCUUCUUUGCUCACUCCCACGUGCAUCGUUCCAUGCAUUUUUCCCUCCGGCCUGGAGCACUCGAUAAGCCAACGUAAUUUCACUGGAAUACGGUGCAAGAUAUGCUGCAAAAUUACUUCACUAUGGAGGGCGUGAAAGCUGAUAGUUGGAGAAGAAACCGUGACAAUGCGCCACUGGUGUAUGAGAGAAGCAACUUUUGGAGAUGGCGAUAGUGACUUAGGAUGUUACUGAUGAUUAUAUGAAAUGGCCAAAGCUGACCAAUUAGAUGACAUGAGGUACUCCCAGAAACUUACGAAAGUUGGAGAAACUCAUAAAAGUAGAAUUGAGUUCUAGUACUCUCGAUGGUUCGUACAAGUUUCAUAUGAUACUAAAAAGGGAGGAUGAAAUUCCUAGGGUGAGGCGAAAUGGCCAAAGCUGGGAACAAAUGAGAAUGAUAAACACGUCCUCUAGAAAUUAUACCGAAGUUUUCUCCUUGAAAUUAUCUUUGAGUUGAGAUUCAGCAGGGGGAGAAUUAUGGCCAGAAGAAGCCAUCAAGACACCAACAAAAUGUCCGUUCGCUGUCAAUGUCAGGACAAAGGCGGUUGCUGCAUCACCCGAAACUCAAGAGAAUAGAGAAAUGGCUAUUGAAUUACGUUCGAGGGGGGAUAAAACUGACUACGUAUACAUGACAUGUAUAUACCAUACCACUCAUAUACACCAUGUGUCCCAUUUCUGGCCAACUAUGACGUCGUUUUGGCAUCCAUUGUGGCUGGGUGGUUGAUGAGUUCUCUAUCCUUUAGGGUCGCAACGGAAUUUGUGAUGAAUUCUGGUCGAUGAGAGAUAUUGAAGUGAUAGUCUUCACUGGGGGCAUUCUAGACGAUGAAUUUUUCCUAUGAGGAAUUUCCCAAAUCGAUCAACUUUUAGACGAUCUCGAGGAAAACUUUUCCACCAGGAGAUGGCAGUUUCUUCGCUCUAUGAGCAAUACAUGAAUAUCUAAUAAUGAAAAAGUGUCGCAUCUUCGUGGUAUAUUAUUCAGGUAGAAUCGUAUAAUUGUUGCAAGAAAAUUUUUCUAUCAUUCCUACUCGUCUUCCUAAAACCGCAAGAAUACCGCUGUGAAAUGAAAUUUCAAAGCCAUUCAUCUGGCUUCCCAUUACCAGAAGAAAUGAGCCAUUAUGGUAGGGCUGCACUCGAACAGGUAAUGCUAUCAUCCACCCUGUCCCCAUAUCUUCCAAUUUUCCAACGUACGAUAGAUAGACCAAGUUAUAUUACAAAGUAUGGAAGGUAAACGGGCCAGCUGCGUUCACUCGUGUACGAAUCCACCCCCGGCCAAACAAUAUUCAACUAAGUUUCUGCUAAAUUCGGCAUUCUGCGCUCGGUUUACCAUCGCUGGCUUUGUGGAGACCGAACCGAGAAGUGGCCUCGGGCCACCGGAAGUGGCUCGUAGGUCCUCCCGCUGUUUCCUCCUAAUUUCCCAUUCCCUUUUCUCCGUGUUGCUUCACCAUAUUUUUUUUUCUUUUUUUUUCAUGAAAAAAAAACAUAAUAACGGGGAUUCUCGGAAGAGAGAAUGGGACAAUCCGGAGGGCUGAGACCUUGGUCGCAAUUUUCGUAAUGGAGAGUUUAUCUUAAUUACUUCAGUGGAAAAAUACCAGCUUCGUCUAAUUCACGCUUAAUAUACGAGACAACAGUCUAGAGGUAGCUUUUUGCUGAUAUCCUCCCUACAGUCUGCCGCGGAAUGAUGAGAAAAUCCUCAAGUGGAAUAGAAAUGUGUAAACGAUCCCCCGGAAGUUAAAGCCAACGCAGACAUUUACAAUGAGGGUGAGCUCAGAAAAGGAUUUUCGGUAAAAGAGCAAAAAGUUGUGAAGUCUUUUCGAAGGAGUGAGGGGGAAAGAAGGAAUCCAAAAAGGGUGACUGCAUUGCGCCGUCACGUCCCGUGAGACUUUCGGUGGAAAGGGGGAGAGGGGGUCCGUUCCAAGAUGGUUCAUUAGUUGUCGCAAUGCAGGACCUUUUCCCUGCACCCUUCAUGGGUGACGCCCACUCUUCCUCUUCCGCCAGAUUGCUACUACUGCCACUGGUGAUGUAUACAUACCGGUGUCCUUUUUCCGCCUGACUGUAAGGGUUAUAGACAAGCCCCCAGAGGGAGAGAGACAAGAGAACUCUAGACAUUGGAGGAAAAUCUCGAAACCCCGAGAAUAGCAAUGAAGGAUAUUUUAUCCAGUCAACCGUAGCUUGGGCUUCACUGAAAUCCCUAUUUUGGAUGCAUCCCUCCGACUCUCAGUUUUCCUCUUUCACUCGUCUGUUCCCUCGAUUUUUCUACUCAAACCCCUUAAACCUAUCUCACCCCUCUUCAUUCCUCCAUUUAUCCAACCCUCCGCGCAAUCCUCUUUUUCCCUUUCUCGUGUACCAACAGUUCGUUUGGAUAACGCCGUUGUUUUGGGUUGUGAAGUAAGACAGUCACGUGAUACUGAAAACUCGAGAUAAACCAGAGACCUCUUCUUAUCCUCACUCUAAGUAGAUUCACCAUUUCAGUUUAAACGCUUGGCACACCAAUACUUGUCUCACUCUUUGCAAGCCACCAGUAGGGGGAUUAUCAACAGACAGCACUUCUCCAGUCAACGUUGUACAUUUUAAUAUUGACAAAUUGAGCACAACCUAUUCUCUCUUUUUAUCAACAUGAUGAAUAUUUUAAAAUACUUUGGACUUGCUUUACGAGGAUAGAAGUGAAUGGGGAAAAUUAGAAAUAAAUAAAGUGGAAACGUACUUACCGUUUGAAAUGUUCAAAGACUGACGUGAGAUACGACAAGCCCUCAAACUCCUCUCUUAAUCUUUCCCGGGGACAAUCGUCUCGGCGUGAUAAUUUAAUCCAGAAGUUACUGAAUUAAAAGUUUCCUGCUGAGCAGCCGAGGUAACUAGUCCUGUCUCAGUCUUGUUCUCCCUCUUCGACGUGUCCAGCAGCAUCAACGUUUUCAUGGCAAGUAGGGAGAACUGGGAAAAGAAUCAAGUUCGAGACACAUUCGGAAGCAACUUAAUUAUUAAGUUUUUCAUUCCAAAGGGAAACAUUAGAAUUGCUAAUGCCGAUGUAAAUGGUUUAUCGUACUUUUUAUGCGUCGCUACUCACAGUUUUCCGUGAUUAAUGUCCAUCAGUUUUCCUCUGAGUGAAAUUACUCGCUUGAUAAUUAUACGGGAAAUUAUUAAUUAUAGCUGAAGAUGGUGAUAGAAUUAUGUCUGAUUUUUAUAUCUGACGUGUGGUCAAUGGCAUUAUAUCUCUCAAAUUGUUGAAAAACCGCUGCAAUUACUUUGUCAACGCAGAAAUCAUUCCUUUAAAAUUUGGCGACCGCCACCAAACGCUCCACUACGUAGGAAAUCAAUACAGAUAAUCUUCUUCAUGCAAUCCCUGCGGAGUAAAUUUUAAUUCCCCCAAGAAAACCUUCAGAACCGUCUCGAGGGUCCGGACAAACCCCCUGAUAGGACCCCAACAGAGUCAUUCACCCAUCACCCAAUCUAUUUAAUGAAAAAUUCCUCAGUCGGUCGUUGACCGGUAUAACUUCCAUCUAUAAACUCAAAAGCCAUCGGAUCAAUUUGAAAAUUACUAAAAGUACUUUCCUCAAUGAGUCCUCCAAGCAUCUUGAGAACGAAAAUCCUCGGCUUAUCAACAAGAUUAUUCGGACGUUUUCCCGUUUGAACUUGAUCCCGAGGUUAAACGCCAACCUCUUCACCCCGCGCCAAGAGGGGAUUCUACCUCGAGAUGUUUACCGGCAUGAUUAUCGAGACGUUAAUUAGGCGGGGCGCUCUCUCGUCUCACCGGGCAACACAGGAGAUUAAGUUUUCGCGGGACAGCCAACAGCUUGAGAUCACCUUACCAGGUAAUACCGUGGUAAUUAAUGAGAGCUUUCUUCUUCCCAUCCCCUUGUCUUCUCUCUAAUCAAAUGUUGGGCACAGAUUGGAGACACGAGCGGCUGCUGUCACCUAACUUUGUGCUAAUAAGCUGGAUUAUUUUGUCAUCACCGAUAAAAAAAAAACCUGAUCUUCAAAGAGCUUGUAGGGCAAAUGAGGGACAAAGGGGCCAUUGAAAAAAUCCCAAUAACUACUGUCUGUCGUAUUCAGGCACAGGGAAGAAUUAAUUUUUUCCUUCUUUUCGUUAUGCUCUGACCCCUGGCAUCUUGCCAAAAAAAAAUAAUUCCAAUUUGGCUACCAAUCAAUCAAGGCUAUUCCUCUAAUCCCUUUCUACCCCCUCCAACCAGAAAUGAUAAAAAAUGGUUUAUUUACUGCGGAGGUAAGACGAAGGAUUUCAAUCCUCGGAUAUAAACGACCGAGCGAUAAAGAAGACUCAUCCCUUGUUUUUAUUUUAUUCUCCAAAGCGAAACUACUCUACUUGGAACGCGUUCAAACUUUGAUAGAGGGUCUCCAUCAAGUAAAAGGGGGCACACCCCCGACCCCCUUUACCCUCGGUUUUUUUUCUCCUCUAUCGAAACAUUUCGGGGAAAAUUUCAGUCGGUGGUGCAAAUCCCACGGGACAGUGCUACCAGCAAAUGCAGUGGACAUUUCUUGGAACCGACUGGUGAAUGUUUCAUGCAGUGGUGCAUGAAUUCCUGGUACUCCCGUGACCAUCGACACAACUUCCGGUGUGUAUUUCACCCCGUGCCAAUGCUACUUAUGCAAUUCAAUCCCCGUUGCAUUGCGUAUGUCUCGCGUGUUGUGAAUAAAAGGAAUGGAACAUAAGGUCUCCAAUGCAAUUAUUGAAAUCGAGAGGGGAUCUUUAUUAUAUUCGUGUGAGUCACGGCUGACUCAUGGAGCGCCAAUUAUCGGCCAUUAGCAUUGGUGAUGAUCUGAUUAGCUCGUGUCGAACGUGUCAAUUAAUGACGCACCACAGGUGUAUCCUUAAUUACAAGUUGCGUGAUGUACCUAACGGAAGUGGUAGCGGAAAUGGAAAUUGAGACAACUUGGGGUGAAAAAUUUUGGAUUUAAUUACCGGAAUAUCUUUCAAUGUAUCCAGUGAAAGAUACUCGUUUUAUUCAUUCAGAAGUUUCCAUAAAUCCGAAAAUUGAUUAAAAACUAAAGCUUUUACUUUACAAAACGCUCAUCCCCCCUCCUCCAACUCCAAAGUGUCCGUUUGGCGCGACACUCUGUAAUUCUGUCAAUCCAAAAUCUCUUCCCUGAGUGAAAUUCAAUUACAAUUCCAUAAAACACGGAGAAUCCGAUUGAAGAUAACGUCCCAUUUCAAUAUAAUGCAAAAUGCAUGCUCGCAAGAACUUCAGCCGUUCUCUCGCUUUAAAAGUGACACGGGGACAGACGAGAAUGGAACAGUCGAGAGAGCACACGACACGGAUAUUGGUUUUAAUUUAUUUAAUGCAACGUAAUGCCUCUCGCACCGCUGGGCUGGGCUUAUGAUUUAUUUAUUGAGCCGCAAUGAAAAUAUGCGGCUCGCGAUUCAGCCCCUGUCAUUCUCCCUCGGCCCUUUCCCAUCCCCCUCCCCCCUUCUUUCUCUCUCUCUCUCUCUCUCUCUCUCGGGGGGAAGUAAAACGCUCUCGUGUUAUCCCCAAAAACCUCUACCCCCAGCCACUUUCCGCCCUUGUAGUCUAAAAUCCCGUUAACGUUUCAGCAGUAACCCCCUGCGGUGCGCAUGAAAACACAAUACGGCAUUGAUUGUUGCAAAUUUUAACGAGCGAUUUCGCGGUAGCAAGUGCAAACCCCCACAAAUCGUGCGACCCCUGCAAAGUGUUGGGGAGAUGAAUAUUAUAAACAGCAAGCGUAACUCCGACGUUUCAACUCUCUGGGGAAUUGAGGGAGUCUUUUAUUUUAACUUUUUAUUCCAUUCGCGGCUCCCUUCAUUGCUCGUUAACAAUUAAUUGUCAUCCAGAAACUGCCAGUGUCAACGGGUUUUUUUUUUUUUAUGCAUUUGAAAUACUGGAUUGAGUGGAUUGACUCGAGGAUUAUUUACGACAAUUAUUUGCUACUUUCUGAAUUGUUUUUAUGUCAAUGUUUAAAUUCCAUAACCCCUUCCCUGUCUCGUCUCUCGCGGUAAAAAGAUCCCGAAGAAUUCGAAAGUUUUCAAUUUAUUGGAAUAAACAAUUCAAUUCAAUGAAUUCACCCCGGAAAAUCUCCAAUCUUUGUCCUUGAAACCGUCCCAUAAACAUGUUUCACAAACUCAUUCCACAGAGUACUCUGUAAACUUUAUGAGCUUCUCUCAUGCGAAAGACGAACGGGAGAUUUACCGGAUAUGCUGGGUGUCAGUUGCUCCAAUGCAAAGACCCCCUUCCCAUCGAAAAGUGAUUGGGGUGCGCACGCGUAAGCCAAGACCUCUCAAUAUCUCCACUCAAAGUACCGGAGGAGAAUAAAAAAAUAAAUAAAAAUAAGAUGUGAAAGAAGUUGAGGGAGGCAGGUAACUUUCGAUCGAAAAAGUGGUGGCAGGUUGGCAUUGGAUGCCCGUGGACUUGAAUGGCAAAGUGCCUCGAGGGCCAUUGGAUGCAUUUUUCAUGUCUAACCAGAGAUGUAUACGCGACCCACCAGCAUCCUCCGACCCCCUCCUGUCGUAUAUCGCUGGCUCAACAUAUAUUUAUAAUAGCUCAGACCCUCCGAAACCCUUCGCCCUUCGUCUUCACAGACUCCAUGAUUCCAACAACGUAAUUCCUACUCUCGAGCUGUUACUCUUUGGAAAAAUUUUAAUGCUUUUAUUCCUUCUCUUAUGAUGGAAUUUCAUUGAAAUUUUCCAAAUUGACCUAACAAAAUCAAUUUUAUUUCCAAUCUCGCUAUCAAUCAAUAAAAAAACAAUAUUUAUUGUUCAUUAUUGGUCUAUCAACAGUGGAAUGUACAUUUACCCGAACUGUUACUCUCCAUCAAACCUGCCAGUCCAUAUUUCUCCAGUUGGAAGCCAACAAUCGCCGCUCCGAAUAGUUUUCAAAUAAAAGUUGAAUCGUUGCUCCACCGGUGUUCCAGACGCAGUGAAGGAAAGUCGAUCGACAACCCUGUUUUCUUCCUCGCAGUUUGAAAUCCACUUUCCUUGCCAUUUGUAACCACCCCUUGCCCCCUCCCCCCCGCAAGUCCACCAUAAACGACUUGCUCUAUCCGCCAACGAAAAAAAAACAAAUUUACCGAAAUUGUUGAGUGCAAGCAAUCAAAAAUUUUCGACAUUCUCAACAAUAAAAUGGAAUACGAAUUGCAGUCACUCGAGCGUUGAAGAACUCUCAGCCAACUGAGAUCUCAAACAUAAAGAUUUAUAAUUAAUUGCACAAUUAUCCGGAGGUCUCUUUCAGAGAUUAAAAAAACGGGUAUUUUUCGCCUCACUGGGGAUUAUAUCAAGAGAUCAUCGUGUUCUCUCGCAAAUUCUUUCUCACUCUCCCCCUAUUUCUCAUCCUUCGUCUGCAUCGGGUAUAACCCUUUAGUUGGAAGGGUAGGCGACCUCUCUACCAUCCAUCCAUGACUCCGCUCUCAACUACACUCGUCUUUUUUUCUACAGCCUGACAUGCUGCUCUUUUUAGUUUGCCUUCUUUAAUCCCCUCCCUCCUCGCUCGGCCACAUUUUUUUUGUCGGUCGAACUUUUGCUCUGAUUGAAGUGCACAUUUUGGCAGUAGGUCUGGCAAUUUAUUCGAAUAAUUCUCCUGAUAUUCAAUUCACAGGGAAAAAAAUUCCGGUGAAGAAUUUUAUUCAACAACUUGUUCGAAACUCAAGUAGUAAGCGGGAUACGUUUAAGUACAUAGUGAUAAAAAAUAUUUUCAUAAUAAUAACAAAGAAAAAUAGCUAUACCGAUCCCGAGUUAUUGAAUGACAAAAACUACGAGACAGAGAAAAAUUUGAAUCUUCGCAGUCGUUACAUCCUCAUUAUUUUCUUCGCGUUGUGAAUUCAUAAUCAGCGAAUAUAAUAGCAAUAAAUAUUAUUAUUCAUACCACGGAUUGUUAUCAGAGACACUUUUUCUUAAUAAAUUGCUGCUCGUUAAACCCCACUGCCAGAUUACAUCGUGGGGCGUCUUGAAGUAUAGUACGGCAACGAAAAAAAAAAGAGAAGAGCCAGUGGAAUAAAGGCAAGAGGGCACGAUCGCAGUUGCUGCGAUUACACUCCAAUACCGAGAGAGGGAGAGAGAGAGCCGCCUUUCGAUCAGGCAGUCUUGGCGAUCCUCAGCACGUAAUUCCAGGACGGAAGAAGGGUAUCUUUGAAACGAAUCCGUACCUUGUAGAAAAGACCCCACGAGACGCCCUCCACCGACUCUGAUUUCUCAUUUUUCUACUUCAUCCGCUUUUCCACGAUUCUCAUUUCUCUGCUAUUUUCUAUUCCCGUUGUACCUCGGAGAAAUCAUCCCUCGGCCUCAAUUUCUUAUUUUCAUUUCAAAUAAUGAAUGAUUAUGAGUAGCGGAGCUGGUUAUUAAAACAUUGAAGAAAUUCCGCAAUGAGUCGUCGAGAUUUGAAUUAAGAAUAUCCAAGUUAAAUCUGGAGGGCUAUUUUUUACUCACUGAAAUGCUACUGAGCUAUUUUUUUCUCAAUCAUUGGUUUUCUGAUAGAAUACUUCAACCUUUCAUGUUAAUUGGAUCCUUUUUUUCGUAAAAAAAAACGCCAACAAAAAAAUCGGACUAGAUUUUCGGAAAUGAAUUCCCAAAGGUUCUGGUGGAGCAGCAGUCGACUAGGCCUCAUCAUCCACAUAGGAAAUUUUUAACUCGAGAAGGUGCACCCUGGGUGCUGGCUGACGUUGCGGGAUCGUCCGUAACGCGUCAUGAAUCUUUCAUGUUUCGCCCCAAGAGUACACCGAGGCCAUUCCCAUUUCGCAAAAUUCCCCAAACGGACAACGAGAGAGGGAUAAGAAGAAAGAGAAACGAAAAUUUCCAAUUGCGUCAGCAGAAUCGAGAUGGAAUCGAUGCGCCUUGGAAAAUGGCUUUUGGGUAUUCCCCCAACAGUCGUCGUCAGCCUGAGUUUUUCAGUCUUUCUCUCUCCGAAAUUCUGCAAAUGUUACCACGAGUCAAUACAAUGCAAGAAAAAUUACCCGAACUGUCGAGAUAAUAGUAGAUUAUCGACUCGGGAAAAAAGAAAAAGCAUGAAAAUUAUGUGGCCAUUCUUGGAAAAUGACUAAAAAGAUAUCUUGGAAGAUAAACGUGUGAAACUCGGGUGACGAAUGACGUUUGUUCCAUUCCGAUUAUCACCUCCGAAGGAGAAAACACAUCCGCCAGAUCCCAUGCAAUAUGGAUCACGUGUCGUUGUCGAUCGUGAUUCCAGCGCAAUUUUAUUUUUUUUUGUCUCCGGGCCCUCUCAUUCGCUGGAAUCCGAUUCGAAUUCACUGAGGGGUGCAGGGGGGAUGGCAAUACCUGCCCCCUCUGGCCUCAUCGUUCAUUCAUGGGGCAUUUACUCCCUAUUCCAGUUGAGCCCGAUCCCGCCUCUCUCUUUUCAUUCUUGCUCCUCUUCUAGUUUGGUCCAUCGAUUCAGGGGACCUCUUACAUACUCUCGUUGUCUCUGGAAAAUGGAUCGUGAUCGUUUCUAGUGUAAUAUCUUAUCGCGAGAUUUCUCUCGUGAGGGGGGAAACACUAUUACGCUGCCAUCUUCACCAUUUUAUGUUGAUUUAUGGGGGGAUAAUUGAUGGUGCGAUUUUUUCUUCAUUCUAUAUAUUCAAAUGAAAUAUCUAAUUCAUGCAAAUUGAACUGUAAUUGUUGAGAAAGUGAUUUAAAAAAUUACUUCCAAAUGAAGUUUUUUUUUUAUUAAAAAAAAUUACAUUUGAUGAGGUCGAAUAACAAUAACUUGCUCCCAUUGGGUCAGAGAGUUGAUUAACAUCGUUUCAGAAUAUUGUAGUACAUCCGGAGUGGUCGUAUCGUUUACUCUGAAUUAUUUUCCUUCAUUUUCAUAUGAAUUUUCACAUCUCAUUCUGGGUUAUAUUCAUAUCCCAACGGGAAAAUUGUAUUUCGUAUCGAAAUGGGUGUUUCGGGUGAAUCGCACCGAUCGGAUCACUUUACAACCCUGUAAGCUAUAUAAGAGGGUCCGAGGUGGAUCUUCCCUUCGCCGCACGAGGAACUACUGAAUCCCAUUCGACAGUUAAACCACCGAUAAUGGCAGUUCUAAGCCAUUCCUGCGGUCCGCACUUAAGCUCUCUCGUGUUCCCUUUUUGUGGAUGGAACAACUGGCGCCUAUUUUUGAUGGAAUGACGCGCCAUUUGCCAAAUUGUGAAUUUUUAUUUCAUCUCAGGGGAUGGAAAUUCGAGGGAAAUAACUGGCGAGCCUUCACUUACAGUGGUUAUGGGGGAAUGUUAUUGGAUUCCGAAUUUAUACGUUUGUUUGAAUAAUUUUAAAGUUACAUAAACUAUUAUCGUGACAUUCUAGCAUACAACUAUCCUCUGUCGAGAUAAUUCCAAUUGAGUGAAAUGCUCUCGUUCAAAUCAGUCGAAUUAAAAAGUCGUACAUCACCUGCUUUGUUAAAUGUUGUAAUAUCUUCGUAACGACGGUGUUUACGGAUAAAUGUGAGAAUACUCUUUUUGUGAACAAUUUCAUGAGCUACAAAAAAGUUCUUACGACUUUUUGUCCUAAAGCUACUCAUUAUCGAGGUAAUCUGGCUCAAAUAAAAUAACGUUUUCAAACUUUCCCAAUAAAUAGUGGAAAAAAACAUGAAAGAAAAUCGUCCGGUACCUCCCAUCGUGUCCCCUCCAAAACUAUUUCAUUGUCCUCAUAUAUAUCACCGUAAACUGCAGAAGGGACUUUUAAAGUUAAUAAAUUCGUCGGCUCUCCUCUUUUUUCACCUCCAAUUCCCAAUUUCACAUUCCCGAUAUUUUCUAUUUUUUUUUCUCAUCUCCUCGCUUUACUCAGUCUCGAGUCCAAGCUCCGCACCGUUACAUCGCGGAGAGACGAGAGGAUUGAAACUUAGAGGUUGGCAAACGGAGUAACCGGAUUUAAUAAUAUCCCAUACCGAUAAUAAAUCAAGUUUAUAUUUAGUGCCGCAUAUAUCCCAUGUAUAUUCGGGUAGCAAUAGCUCUCGCUAUGUACCACAUAGACACAUUACUCGAAUUGCCUCGACAGAAGGUCUGUGAUUUAACAAAAUACGCGUGGAAUUUUUAAUGAAUUUCCAAUGAGAUAAUUAACCUGCACAUUAUUUUAUAAAAGUUAAAUAAUGAGGCUGAAAAUUUCUGUUGAUUAGAACAAUAUUAUUAUUCAUAUUCAAGUAAUAUUCCCCGAUGAAAAGUUGAAAAAAAAUUCGCCGCCUCGUAAAGCAUUUUGAAGAGAAAGAAGGAAAAAGAAUCUCGGUAAAAAUAAAAAAAAUGUAUACACGAAGGAAAUUAUACCGUCCGCGUACAUUAUGACCGGCGCAUUCACGAUUUAUCACGCGAUACGAGAGCAAACUUGCGCACACGACUGCAAAGAAGGCGAUCCCGCCACGAGGGAAAUCGUGCCCCUCGGUUUCGAUGGACUUUUUUUUUUUUCAUUUACCCGAUCGCGGUCUGCGCAAGGUGAGCUCGCAUUACUCGAUCGUAUAAAUUUCCCCGUGUAAUUUUCGGAGACGUCUGAAAAUGGAAUAUAUUUUUGAAUGAGGAGAAUUUAUCGGGGCUUUUUUAUUCCACCGUCGCCGGUAUUUCAUUCAUUUUUUUCCCAGACAAUAAUACUGUUUGCUGAGCGACGAAUUAGGCUGAAUUUACAGGGCUCGGACUGGUCGCUCAACUCUCAGGAAAAUCCCGGGUAUGGGGAAAAGUGUGAGAAAAGGAGCCCAGCUCCUCAACCAGGCCAACAGCUGGUGUAAUUCUCAGGCGGAUUUUCUAGCAAAAAAGAGUUACAUCGGAGGGCUAACUGUUUUCAGGAGUUUUACUCUCUUGAGUCUCUCUCUUCCCCGUUGAAUUUGUUUUUCUGGGAUUUUAUUUCAUUUUAGUUGUCGGUUCUUUAUGUUCAUAUCCUCGCUAACUAAUUCAAAUAGUUGUCAACGAAACUCUAAAUUUAAAAUAAAAUCUUCCGAUUAUUUUUGUUCCCGAAUUUCUUGUCUCAAAUAUGCCCCAACUUUUCACUAAAUGAAAGAAAAAAUUCCACCUUCAUUUACGAAUUCUGUAAAUUUUGGAAAUCCCUCGAUUCUCACUCUUCCAUGCUCGUAUUUGCCGCAAGCGACGAUUUUAACCCCCGAUUAUUAAUACGUUAUUGAUGAAAAAAGAGAAUCAAAGAGACCAAAGAGAAUGCACAAUUUAAUCGGAUGAUGGAACAGCUGAUAUUGAUUUUUACCGCAAUUGGUACACGGGUUGUCGACCGUGUCCCAGUUAUAAAUUCGUCGGAAUUUGCGAAUUCUCCAGUAAGUAACGCGUUCGUUUACAUUUUAUUUCUUCAGAGUCUUUCCCCAGUUAUCAAUAAACUAUCAGAAUGUUUCGUCUCUUAAAAAGCAGUUUAACAGUUUAAGAGUCUUUCGUCAGCGAUCUAGUUCGCCUAUCUCGAUAUUAAUAAAUAAUUAUUUAAAGUAUUUUUCGUCAAAAAAAUAUAGAUUUAUACAAUAUAAUAUUAUUCUAUCUUUUUUUCAAUUGGUGAGACAGAUGGCAAUUACUGCAUACAUGUUUACCAACACUGGGUGGCUAUCUCUCGAGAGAGGGCCAUCGAGACCAUACCGCACCCUUUAUUAUAUGAUUAUUGCUUUAAUAAGGGAACUGUACAGAGGGCGAACUCUUGCGGAGCCCCUUGUCCUUCAUCCUUGGGCCACAGUCGAGUCUAUUCAUUCAGUCAAGAGUACUACAUACACUCUACCUCGUCCUUGUGGACUGUUUUGCUCCCUUGCCUCUCAAUUUAUCUCACCCGUUCGUCGGCCAUUCAAUUAAAUUGUAAAAAAAUUCCAUUAUAAAGAGUUGAAAUAAUAUUAUUGAAUUAUGUGAUAGAUAUUUUUCUAUCUCACGGGAAAAAAUCGGUGGAACUUACAUUAGUCAGUAAUGUCUACUAAUAUAUCUAUUGAUUCAAAUGAAUUGAAAUUGGUGUUAAUCAAUUAGCUUAUAUUUUCAUUUAAAAUAGACUUUUCGUAGAGUUUCAAGUGAUGUAUAAUUUAAAUGAAUUGGGAUCGGAGAUGGAAAAUUAUUGAAAUAAUGCCAAGGAAUUAUCGAAUAGACAUCACGCCAUUUGGACGAGAUAUAUGGAGGUUUCGAAGCUAUCGAUUUUCUCUCACGUAUUCCACUGCGAAAUUAAUGAAGGUAUAAUAUCCCUGAAUUAUUAAAAUAAUGUAAAAUUAUCGAAUGAGCAUUUUUCAUCGGAAAAAACUCCGUUGAAAAUAAAAGUCAGGUUAUAAUCUGCUGCAGCUCGAAAUGCUCAGAGUGAAGCUAAAAAAUUUUGCUUUCCUUUGAAUGGAACUGUUGGAGGCUUUAAAAUAACACUCGACUUAUCCAAAUCGCAUCAUUCGCGCAGAAGAUAUCGCGCUUUCGAGGAGAUUAAUUUCACCUCACACGCACAUUCAACUGUGAAAUUAAUUGAGAUAUGAGAAAGAAAAUUAAAUCAAAAGAAACGGAAAA